AAAUAAUCAGUAUAUAUUAUCACCCAGCCUGAUACCACAGCUAUGUAGCCAUGACACACAAGCUUGCUUAUCUACAGUUUAAUACCCCCUGUAAUAAUUAAUAUCUACAUCACUCACUCCGAAGUCCAAAGGUUCAUCAUUUUUCUCCAUUACGCCAUAAUUUGUUUCCAAUAAAAAUGCACUAUAAAUAGUAUAGACCUCAACAGUACAGUUUACUUUAUCGAACCAAGAUAGGGAGCUUCCCCAUUUUAUAGUCUGCACAUCACUGAGUUCACAGUGAUAUUAUUGAGAGGAUGUUGAAUACUUUCCAUCAUUUGCUGCCAAUAUGAUAACACGCUCAGCUUUAUGCAAAGAGAACAAAGUCAAAGUGCCAUAAACAGCUGCUGUUUGCAGAGACACAAAUUCAGCACCUGAUCCUCUCUGCGACUACAAAACAGUGAGGGUCAGAGGCUUGCGAUUUUGUCCCUCUUGGAAAAUUUGUCAGUAAAAACAGCCAGGGAAAGAAAAGAACUCAGUCAUGGGGGUCUUAAAACAGGGCGAUUAUGUGUGGGUGGACUCUAGCACAGGUGUGCCGAUCGGUGCUGAGGUCAGAAUCACAGAAGCAGGCAAAAUUCAACUCAUAGAUGAUGAAGGAAAGGAGCACAUAGUCAAACAGUACAGCUCCCUGAAGCACAUACAUGCCUCAUCUAUUAAUGGCGUAGAUGACAUGAUUCGGCUGGGCGACCUCAACGAAGGAGGCCUGCUCAGGAACCUUCUGAUUCGCCACAGGGAGGGAAUCAUCUAUACAUACACAGGGUCCAUUCUGGUGGCAGUGAACCCAUACCAGCUGCUGCCGAUCUACGCUCCAGAGCAGGUGCAGCAGUACACAAACCGGCAUCUGGGUGAACUGCCCCCACAUGUGUUCGCCAUUGCAAACAGCUGCUUCUUUAACAUGUGCCGCAACCGCCAAGACCAGUGCUGCAUCAUCAGUGGGGAGUCUGGUGCAGGAAAGACAGAGAGCACCAAACUGAUGCUACAGUUCCUGGCAGCAGUGAGUGGACAGCAAUCGUGGAUAGAGCAACAGAUUGUUGAAGCUAACCCCAUACUGGAAGCCUUUGGUAAUGCAAAGACCAUUCGCAAUGAUAACUCUAGUCGAUUUGGGAAAUACAUCGAUAUCCACUUCAGUAAGGAGGGAGCCAUUGAAGGAGCCCGCAUUGAGCAGUACCUCCUGGAGAAAUCACGUGUCUGUCAACAGGCUCAAGAGGAGAGGAACUACCAUAUAUUUUACUACAUGCUGAUGGGCAUGCAGGCUGAACAGAAGAAAAUGUUGUCUCUGAGUAAUGCUGUUAAGUACAACUAUCUGACCAUGGACAAGUGCACUUCCUGUGAGGGGCGGGAUGAUAAAAAGGAAUAUGCCCACUUCUGCUCAGCCAUGAAGAUUUUGACAUUCACAGAGAAUGAGUCCUGGGAAAUUCACAAGCUGCUUGCUGCCAUCCUCCACCUAGGCAACAUGGACUUUGAGGCCAACAUUUCAAAUCAUCUGGAAGGCUGUGAUAUUAUCACCUCUACCCAUUUCAACAUGGCUGCUCAGUUGUUGGAGGUGGAUAUAAAAACUUUAGAUGCAAGUUUGACUCAAAGGUCCUUCAUGACUAACAGAGAGAGUGUAUCUAAACCUCUUACCACAGACCAAGCAAAUGAUGGCAGGGAUGCCUUUGUAAAGGCCAUCUAUGGAAGAUUGUUCAUGUGGAUUGUGGAGAAAAUCAAUAGUGCCAUCUACAAGCGAUCCUCUGAGGAGUCCAACGAUACCAGUCAUUCAAUAGGCUUGCUGGACAUCUUUGGAUUUGAAAACUUUGAGCAAAACAGUUUUGAACAGCUGUGCAUUAACUUUGCCAAUGAGCAACUACAGCAGUUCUUUGUGAAGCAUGUCUUUAAGAUGGAGCAGGAGGAGUACACCAAAGAGAACAUUGUGUGGAAACACAUCGACUACAUUGAUAACCAGGGCACCCUCGAUGUGCUGGCCAGCAACCCUCUCAACAUUCUUUCUCUUAUUGAUGAGGAGAGUCACUUUCCUAAGGGCACAGACACCACCUUGCUGCAAAAGAUGCAUAAGUGCCAUGACAAAAGCAAAGUCUUCAUCCCUCCUAAGAACAGUCACGACAAAAAGUUUGGAAUUGAGCAUUUCGCCGGGCCAGUUUAUUAUGACUCAAAAGGUUUUCUGGAAAAGAACAGGGAUGCUCUUAGUUCAGAUCUCAUCAUGUUGGUGGAAACAUCCACUAAUAAUCUCCUCAAACAGAUCUUCCACAGUGAUCUAAAGAGCAAUGCCAACACCAAUAUGAUGAUCACCUUCAAGAACUCUUUGCAUCAAAUGACAGACACUAAGAAGCGAGUGCCCACUUUAUGUGGACAGUUUCGUCAAUCUCUGGACUCCCUGAUAAAAACUGUGACUGCAUGCCAGCCUUACUUCAUUCGCUGCAUCAAACCGAAUGACUUUAAGAAACCCAUGCUGUUUGACAGAGAGUUAUGCCUGCGUCAGCUGCGCUACUCGGGCAUGAUGGAGACCAUUCGCAUCAGGAAAGCUGGCUACCCGAUCCGUCACACCUUCCAGCAAUUUCUGGAUCGCUAUCGUGUCCUACUCAACUCCAUCAUCUGUGACCCAAAAACGGAGAGUGCGAAGGCAUGCAGUGAGAGUAUUUGUAAGAAUGUGCUCAGUGCAGGUGAUGACUGGAAAAUUGGCAAAACCAAAGUGUUUUUGAAGGAUUUCCAUGAUACCAUGUUGGAGCUGAAACGGGACAAGGCCUUGAACGAGAAGGCGCUUGUUAUCCAGAAAGUCCUGAGACGAUACAAGCACAGGAAACAGUUUCUUAAACAAAGGUCUGCAGCUGUGGUUGUGCAGAAGUAUUGGCGUAGACACACAGACAGAAAAUUCUAUAAAGUGGUAGAUUUGGGAUAUGCUCGUCUUCAGGCCACUGUGCGCUCAUGUCAGUUAGCACACCAGUACGAACUGGAGCGUAAGGCCACCUUGCUGCUGCAGGCGCAGAUCCGUGGCUACUUUGCCAGGAAGGAGUGGAAGCGAAAGAGAGCCGCUGUCAUCCUCCUUCAGGCUUAUGUCAGAGGCAUGCAUUCCCGGAAAACUGUUCAGAAGAUAAAGAAAGAUGCCAUUUUGUUGCAGGAGUGCAGGGCUGAAGAGCUGGAUGCUCUGGAGAGGCAGAAAAAGCGAGAGGAAGUUCUCCAUCAGAAGAGAGAGAAAGAGGCUGAUGAACAGUCUGAGCCCUUCAAUCAUCAAAAAAAGAAAAGGGACCCGUUCUUUGGCUUCCUGCCAAACCUGGGGGGAUUCAUCCCAAAAAAUAGAGCAGGAGUUGAUGAUGACCUGCACCGCAUCAGUGAGCUCAUCCAGGGUAAUAUGCAGCGCUGUCAGCAAGUGGUGGAUCAAGUGACUGAUUCAGUGGACUCCAUGAUGAAAACAAUGGAUGACACCAUAAUGGAUCAUAAAGACAGAGUCCUCAAGUUAUUCAAAAAGAAUGGCACGGUCAAGAAGAACACCAAGUUAAAGCAUAAUAAACAGACCUAGACAAGAAGGAACAAUCUCACAUCCUUCUCUCUCGUUUUCUCUCUGUUUAUGCACCUGUAAGAUUAAACAGAAAUAUGUUGGUUCAGUGUUCGGACCAUGUGAUAGUUUUUAAUGUUGUUGUGCACACAUGAUUUAAAAAUAUGCCACCUCAUUUAUAUAGUCUUAUUUAUAGUUAUCUAGCAGGGAAAGCAGGUUGCAAACCCUCUGCAUCCCUCUAGACCAUCUGUAACCAACCAGGUAAACGCAACAGGAAAUGCUCCUCACUGAGGACUCUGUUUAUGUUAGGAUUAAUUGGCCGAUUUACCCUAACUAUCAUUUUUGUUUCAUUUUCCCACAGCAAAAUUCUCUUUUUCUCUUCUCAUAGUAGUGUUGGCUGUAGAGAGCUUUAGAAACUCACACUUCAAGCUCAUGUCAUGGAGUAAAACUUGUGAUUAUAAAAAUCCUAGAUUGCAUCCUUUGUUUUAAUCUCUUAUAAGCCGACUGAAGGAAAGUGUGAACAGUUAUAAAGCUUUGUAUGCAGCACACACAGACACAAUUUGUGUGCGUUUGCAUUCAUCAGUCUCAAGGAAGCAUUUUCAGAUUUGUUUAAAAAAAAAAAUAAUAAUACAAACCACGAAAUUUCAUAUUAGGCAGUGUAUUUCUGCCUCACUGUCCCCCAUUGGCCAGUAUCUACACUAUACCCUGUUUAUCAUCAAGCAAGUGGAAACUGAAGAGAUCUGAAGUGCGGAAGUACUUGAAAGAAACAAUAUAAUUGUGUAAUAAGAAUGUGGGGAUCAUUUUACAUUUUCAACCUUAGACAAAGGUAGUUAUAUAAAUGUGAUUGCCUUGCUGUUUACUGUAAGUCUGUUUUUGUGUUUUGUGCUCUGUUGAUGUGGCUCUUCCUUACAGCUCUAAAAUGAAUGUUGUAGUUAUAACUCGGUUUAAGGAAUAAUUUUGACCCAUUUAUACAUUUUGUUUUUCUCUUUUGUUAUCUGUAUACUAUGUGUUAUUGCAGUAAAAGAAA